CCAGGAUGACGAGCUCCCCGCCGUACGAUUGCGACGCCGGGCUCGCCAACUGGGCGGCGGGCUGGUCCAGCGCCAAGAGGGCCUGGUGCUGCCAGGAGGAGCGGAAGGGCUGCGGCGACGCCACCACGUCGCCCCCCUACGACUGCGACGCGGGCCUGGCCAACUGGGAGGCGGGCUGGUCGGAGGCGAAGAAGGCCUGGUGCCGGUCCACGGCCGCGCGCGCGCCGGGCGAGCAGCCGCUCUACGACUGCGCCGCGAACGCGGCCAGCUGGCGGAGCGACUGGUCCGCGAGCAAGCGGAUGUGGUGCUGCGCUCGCCGGGGUCAGGGCUGCGAGUAGCUGGCCCUCUCCUUCUCGCCUGGCCCCCCCCUUCGCUCGCCGCCGAACAUCAUCUCGAGUGUCUUCGAGGGCGCCGUCGGAGCUCUUCCUGGAUGCCUCCGGAGCUCUCGGGGGAUUCGGGAGGUCGCUGGGGGCCUCCGCAGGGGGCCUCCGCAGGAGGCACCUCUGCACGUCACCGUGCCAGGCCCGGCCAGGGCCGCCCCCUGGUGCCAGGGUGGCGGGCAGGCCCCCCCUCCGGGGUACCUCGGCCGGGGAGGGCGCGUCCAGGCGCCUGCGACAAGGUCUGCCCGCUGCCGUGCCGCGGGCCAGGAGUCUGGGUAGGGCGGGGGCGAGAGGAACACGUACACGUACAUGCAUCCACGC